UCUCUCUCCAUCUCUCUUUUUUUUUUUUUUGUGUUGAGAAGGAAAACGUAAAAUGUCGGUUUGUGGGAUUUACAGGUCAGCUUUGGUGUGAAAUAUUUGGCUGUUACAAGUUUCUCUGAACCCGUGUCACUUGGUUGUCUUGGCUUGCAUUAUCCAGAAACUGACUCUGGUUUUGGAGAAAAAAUUUUCUCCUUGUGUCAGUAGGAUCCAGAGCUCCCUGAGUAGUUGUAUGGUUGAUAAGUUUUUGGGUUUUUUCCUUUUUUUUGGGUUGUAGUGUGUGGUCAAAAAGAGUUAGAGGACAAUUCUAAAAAGAAAAAAGAAACAAACUGAAGUGGGUUUUGGUUGGGGGGUUUGAGUGUGGUGAACAGGCGAAGUGUGCAAGCAAGUGGAAGUCCACAAUCUGAAUUUAAUUUGAGUUAAUUUGACAGUUAUGGUCUAUUUUUGGGGAGCACUUUCUUUUAUGGAUUUUGGAAGGGAAUUUUUUCAUUUUGUAGUCAGAGUUAUUGAUUCUUAAGACCAGCACUUUCUUCUUUGUUCUAUUUUGGAGUCUUUGUGACUAGUUAAAAGUCUCAGGUGCUCUCCAGCAAGAAAUUUCGUGUCCUAAUUUGUCUGCAUUUACCUUUUGAGGAGUGUUAAGAAGAAAGAGAUGCUGUUUUGCAGGGCACAUCAGUUAAGCUGGGGUCUGUUCAAUCUGCUCUCUCAAGAGAGCUUCCUCAAUGUGAUCUUGGGAGUGUGAGCUUCAGUGAUUGAUAGCUACAAACCCUUUCUGCUGUUUCUGCAUAUGUGGAGAAAAUAUGGCAAGAUUGCUACCAAUUUUGAGUUGAUGGUAUCUCUGCAACUUAUGUUCAUUUUCUAAUCCUUCAAAGCUGCUCAGUGCUUUUCCUCUAAUGCCGGUUCUGUGUAUGCUUCCAAUGGCUAAAGGAUUCAAGCACCUAUUCCUAGUUCUUGCUAUAAUCUUCCUUUUAAUCCAUCACUCAGAGCAACUUCAGUCCUCCCAGACUCAUACCCUUUUAAGACUUAAAUUGCUUUUGAAUUAUCCAGAUAUUUUAAGUAGCUGGAAUAGCACCAUAGACUUCUGCAACACUGAACCUACAUUGCAAGUAACCGUGGUAUGCUAUGAAGACAGCAUAACUCAGCUACAUAUAAUUGGAAUAAAAGGAACUCCUUUGCUACCUAGAAACUUUUCCAUGGAUUCCUUUGUCACAACCCUUGUUAAGCUUCCCGACUUGAAAGUCCUUACAUUGGUUUCUUUUGGUUUAUGGGGGCCAUUGCCCGGUAAAAUUGCACGUUUAUCCUCACUGGAAAUACUUAACAUGACUUCAAAUUUCCUAUAUGGAGCAAUCCCUCAUGAGCUUUCAACUGUAACUAGCCUUCAAACACUCAUACUUGAUGAUAACAUGUUCUCUGGUUGGCUACCUGAAUGGCUAGGUUCAUUUCCAAUUCUGACUGUUCUUAGUUUGAGGAAGAAUUUAUUCAAUGGCUCCCUGCCUGAUUCUUUUAGCAGUUUGAAGAAUCUUAGAGUUCUUGCACUUUCACAUAACCACUUCUAUGGAGAAGUGCCUGAUUUUAGCAGUUUAACAAAUCUUCAAGAGCUUGAUCUAGAAGAAAAUGCAUUUGGACCUCGGUUUCCUCAGCUUGGCAACAAGUUGGUUCGCCUUAUACUGGGAAAGAACAGGUUUAGGUCUGGCAUUCCUUCCGAAUUGAGCUCCUAUUACCAACUUCAAUGGCUGGACCUGUCAUUCAAUAGAUUUGUUGGGCCAUUUCCGCCAACAUUGUUAUCCCUACCUUCUGUUACUUAUGUGAAUACUGCAAACAACAAACUCACUGGGAAGCUUUUUGAAAAUACUUCUUGCAAUGUGGAACUAGAAUUUGUAGAUUUAUCGUCAAAUCUUUUGACUGGACACUUGCCCAGCUGUCUUUCAGAUUCUAAAGACAGAGUCUUCCUGUAUGCUCGGAAUUGUCUGGCAACUGGAAAGGAAAAUCAACAUCCUCUUUCCUUCUGUCGAAAUGAAGCCUUAGCUGUGGGAAUCUUACCCCAGCAUAAGAAGAGUAAACUUUCUAAAGUAGCUCUUUCCUUGGGCAUAACUGGAGGAAUUAUUGGUGGAAUAGUGCUUCUUGGUCUCAUUUUCAUAUUUGGUAGAAGGUUGAAUGCAAAGAAGACAACCAAUAAACCUACUACAAGAUUGAUUGCAGAGAAAGCAUCAUCAACCGGGUACACGUCAAAGCUACUAUCUGAUGCAAGGUAUAUAUCUCAAACAAUGAAGCUGGGAGCACUUGGCCUUCCAGCUUAUCGAACCUUUUCAUUGGAAGAACUUGAGGAUGCUACAAACAACUUUGACACAACUGCUUUCAUGGGUGAAGGUUCUCAAGGGCAGAUGUAUAGAGGUUGGCUGAAAGAUGGCACCUUUGUGGCCAUUAGAUGCCUGAAAAUGAAGAAAAGCCACAGCACUCAAAGCUUGAUGCACCAUGUAGAGCUGAUUUCAAAAUUAAGACAUCGCCAUUUAGUUAGUGCUCUUGGACACUGCUUUGAGUGCUACCUGGAUGAUUCAAGUGUCAGCAGAAUAUUUCUCAUUUUUGAAUAUGUACCAAAUGGCACUCUGAGGAGCUGGGUAUCUGAAGAACAUGCCAGACGAUCACUUACAUGGGCUCAACGCAUAUCUGCUGCAAUAGGGAUAGCAAAGGGCAUCCAAUUUUUGCACACAGGGAUCGUGCCUGGUGUGUACUCAAAUAAACUGAAAAUUACUGAUAUUUUGUUGGACCAGAACCUCAUUGCAAAAAUUAGCAGUUACAACCUGCCCUUAUUAGCAGAGAGUGCAGGAAAGGUUGGUCAUGGAACUUUUGCUCUACCCAAGGAUCCAAGUAAUAGUGCAAGGGUAAGUUAUGACUAUAAGGUUGAUGUCUAUGAUUUUGGAGUGAUUUUACUCGAAAUGAUUCUGGGGAGGCCAUUGAAAACCAAGAAUGAGGUGCAAAUUCUUAAAAACCAGUUACAAGCAAUCUUAGCAACUGAUGAUGUAACUAGAAGAAUGGUUGCUGAUCAAGCAGUUCAGAAGUCUUGCUCAGAUCAGUCAUUGAAGACAAUGAUGGAAAUUUGUGUCAGAUGUCUGCUAAAGGACCCAACAGAGAGGCCAUCGGUUGAGGAUGUGCUGUGGAACUUGCAAUUUGCUGCUCAAGUUCAAGACGCAUGGCGGGGAGAUUCACAGAGCAGUGAAGGAUCUCCAGGUUCUCCUUCCCAAGCCCCACACCUUCGUGUUGCAUUCCGUUAGCAGUAACUUUUCAGGGUAUGGCAAUCACAAGAGGACAGUAAGGAAAAUGCUCCACUGGAUUGGGAGGAUGCAAAAGAGAAAGGUAGGAAAAAGUUUUAAUCCAAUGGUUGAUUGGUUAUGUACUAUAUUUCGAAACUUGACCAUCGGAUUAAAAAAUUUUCCAUCAUGUCCCCUUUCUAUCCUCCCUACCAAGCAAAGCCUCAGGAGGAUUUUCUCACUGGUGCUGCUAAAUCCUUUCAUGCCAGCUAUCUAAGCCUUGGGAGCGUUUUUCUCCUCACAGUCACAGGCUCAUACUCCUCCCUAUAUCUCAUUUUGUGAUUUGUCAAAGUUAUAUAGUUACUUGACAAGUUGGAAAUUCCAGAACCAAAUUGUCUAUACUAGUUUUCUGAGAAAUGCAGAAAGCUGUCUUUUUGCCAUACUAUCGUCUCAAUUCUUUUGCGGUAAGUUCAUAAUUAAACUUGAUAACUAUCUGAACAA